AUGGUAAUAGAGCCAAACGUGGGCAGCAUCAGCCCAGGCCCUUCAUUUGAAUUGAAAUCGAACCGAUCUUUCCAGAGGCUUGAAGUGAUCUUCUCUCGGCAAGAGCGCACAGAAUUCAUAAGCAUAACUACUCGAGUGCUAUACAUUACGGAGUACCUCGUUCUCGUGGAGUAUACAGAAGCUGUGCUUCCCAUGGUGUACGCCUUGUACUCGGUGAUAGCAUUUCACCUGCCCAAUGGCGCUUACAACCAGUCGUUCGUCCACCUCUCAAGGAACGAACUUUUCGCAAAUGUCGGCUCCGUGUUGGCCUACAGCAUGUUGGAGCUGACCUCGCUCAUCUUGGCGAUGAUGGUGCUUAAACGCACGUUAAAAUUCUCGUCCAUACACCAGCUCGGGUUCGUCUUGGAGACACAGGCAACAAUGAUCCAGUCCAAGUUAAUGCUGUGGUUCGUCUACGUCGUGCAAGUUCCUCUCAAACACGUCGGCACCGAUUUCAGUUUUAAGUUCAAUUGGGCGCAUCCUGAACAUGGUGCAGUGAUAUCUUGA